AGAAACGGUUAGUUUAGAGUCAUUUUAGAGGCUUGUGAACUGGCAGCAAUGCCCACUGUCCUGUUCUUGUGGAUUGUUACUCUAGCACACUGUGCUCUUGCAGGAAGUGUUUGCCACAAGCCCCCUGAGGUGCCAUUUGCUACAGUUGAUGUAGACAAGAGAGUAUAUGAAGUAGGUGAAGAAAUUACAUACACCUGUGACCCUGGUUAUAGCCAUCAGAGUGGCUCAAGAAAGUAUACUUGCCCUUUGUCUGGUAAAUGGUCUAUCAAUAAAAUGAGAUGUAUACCAAAGAAAUGUCCCUAUCCUGAAGCCAUGAUAAAUGGAAUAGUUCAGGUUAUAGACUUGAACUAUCAAAGUGUGAUACACUUUUCAUGUGAACCAGGAUACAUUCUCCAUGGAACAGACACUAGCCAGUGCAUGGCAGAUGGACAGUGGAGUGGAAAACUACCUGAAUGCCAACCUGUGACUUGUCCUCCUCCCUCCCUUCCUGAGUUUGGAGUUAUUUCUUACCAUAAGCUAACGCUUGGAAAUGAGUCCGUCUUCCAAGACAUUAUCCGUUUUGAAUGCUUACCAUCUUUUGCAUUGUUUGGAAAUGAAACCGCUACUUGCAUGGCCAAUGGGAACUGGAGUGAUAUACCGGAAUGCAGGUAUGUAAAAUGUCCACAUCCAACAGGGAUAGAAAAUGGAUUUAUAAAUUUUGAAGUUCGCAGAACCUAUCAUUAUAUGGAUAGCGUCGAUUUUGGCUGCCAGGCUCGUUAUGUGCUAGAUGGACCAAGGGAAUCAAGAUGUGAAAAAACAGGUAGCUGGUCCAUCAAGCCAACCUGUAAAGCACCAUGUAAAAUACCAGUUAAGAAAGCUACAGUGUUAUACAACGGCCGAAAGAUAAAAGUUCAGAAUGACCUCAAGGAAGGAAUACAGCAUACUGAAACUAUUUUCUUUUUCUGCAAAAACAAAGGAAAAAAGUGUGGCUAUACCAUACCCACUCAAUGUAUAAAUGGCCAACUCACAGUCCCUUCCUGUUUUGAAGAAAUUGGUACUUUACUUUUUUGGAAAACGGAUCCAGCAGACUUGACACCAUGUGAUCCCUGAGUGAAUUCAAAACAACAAAGUAGUUCUGUUAACUAAAUGUUUUAUUACAACAAAAUUGUAAAGGUGGAAAGGAGGUCCCAAGGAGUGUAUGCCUCCCUGCCUCUACAAACAGUAAACUCUCAUUGCCAGUCUAUUUCACAGUCUAAGAGAAAAUGUUUUGUUACAAAUUCUCUCCUGAUAUAUAGCUGAUGUGUUCCUUUGCUCACUUUCCUCUUCUUCUUAUUUGCAAGUCCCUUUCAGACCACCCUAAGCAUUUCCUCCCUUUUGGUGUUUACACUCUUUCAUGUACGUGUAAUUUGUUCUCACAUCUCUGGCCAUACACCAGUGUAGUUAUUUUUCAGUCAAGCUGUAGUGCAUACUUAUUUCUUUUAAUAUUAACUGGUCAUUAGUCAAAUCCUCUAGCUCUUUCCUUUUUAUUGUUCAAAGUCAGUUUUAACUGUAUCAACACAAUAUUGUACCUUUCCUCAUACCCCCCCGCCCCAAUCUAGGGAUUUUGCGGCCCCAAGCAUGGCAGGCAGGCUGCCUUUGGCUUUCGAGCUCAUCUGGAGCUCUUUUAUAAUGGUGGCAGAAUGAGAUACUUAAACUCUCUAGCCUCAUUUGCUGUUUCAAGUGAGUCUUUAGGAAAGAAAAUGGUCAUGUGUAAAAAUAUCAGUUCAUACUGUAUUUGUCCUAGAAGAUUCUAAUGCAAAUUGUUUUGAAGAGACAUCCUAUAAAGAUACACUUUCUGUUACAUAAGGAGUUUAUUUGGUUUCCAAAGGCCAGUAACUAUCUCAUAACUUCCUAUUCUUUUCUUAUUUUCACGGGGAGAACAUGUAAUGCUAUUCUUACUCUGUUGCACAUAGUUCUGGAGUCUUAAAACUCCACCUGCCCUGUAGGAGAAAGUAUAUUACAGGAACUCAGUGCUAUUCAGUAGCAUACAGUCUGCAUGACUAUUGGAAGUGUUCAUUUCCCAGAGCUGUACAGUACACACUAAUGUAGGCUACAAUUUUCAAAAGAACCUAAAAGGAGUUCCCAAAUUUCUACAGGAUUUGGGUGCAUUGCUUUCUUAGACUCUUCUGAAAAUCCCAACAUUAAAAAUCAGAAAACCAUUUAGCUUGUACAUGUGAUUCCAAAUAUACCUGAAACAAAUAUUCUAUUUACACUGAUUUAUCUUAUUGAUUCUGUUUUAUGCAAUAGUUAAUUUUUAACACUGUAACUAAUUACACAAUGUUUCCCUUAAAAAAGUUCUUACAUAAACAAGUUGAGUAAAGAUUAUGAUUUCUGGUCUUUAACCAUGUUUUUUAGUAGACUAUAUACUCCAUCCAGUUUAUGAUGCAGUGCAGGGCAGUAACAAGAUCACUAGUAGUUCUGGUGAAAUCCAUUGAACACUUCAUGUAGCUAAGUUGAUGAAACUCUUGAUUACACGGGAUCCCAGCCAGUAUUCAUUUAUCUUUCAGAUAUGUACCAGCAAAUAAGGAAAGUAAGUGUGUGUGUGUGUGCGCACUCUCACACAAACCUACAUAUAUCUGGGCACCAAACUAUCAUAACACCUGGUUUGUGCAGGGGAAAUGUCAUUUUUCCUGUAUUGUUAAACUUUUAAGACUUAAAGAGGAAAGGAUGGUAUUUUUAAUUACAAACGGGACUGCCUUAUGUAAUU